CCCCCACCCCCCCCCAGACCAGGUGAAGCGGAAGGUCCUGGUGCUGGACCUGGAUGAGACAUUGAUCCACUCCCACCACGAUGGGGUGAUGCGACCCACAGUGCGUCCCGGGACCCCUCCCGACUUCAUCCUCAAGGUGAGCCAGUGGUACGAGCUGGUGGUGUUCACGGCCAGCAUGGAGAUCUACGGCUCCGCGGUGGCUGACAAACUGGACAACAACCGGAGUAUCCUCAAGAGAAGGUAUUACCGGCAGCACUGCACUUUGGAGCUGGGCAGCUACAUCAAGGACCUGUCUGUGGUGCACAGCGACCUGUCGAGUGUCGUCAUCCUGGACAACUCGCCGGGCGCCUACCGGAGCCAUCCAGGUUCACAGCAGAUGUGCGGUCGGUGCUGAGCCGGAACCUCCAUCAGCACCGCCUCUGGUGACGUCAGCACCUCCUUUCUUCGGGCGGGGGCCCCUGACCUCCGCCGGAUCCCACCUCUGCCACCACCACAGCGUGGACUCCGCCAUCGUUUUCUGAACUCUGGAGAAGAGCAGGGGGGUAUGCCCCCCAAUUCCCCACCAACAAAUGACUCUCCCCCCAGCCCCCGUGCCAAGAAUGGGCGGGGACUGACUCGGAGGGCGGAGCUUAUCCGGCAGCUGGACAAAGAAAGGGGGUGUGCAACUCUACGGCGCGCGGAUGGACGUGUCUGAUCAGGCUGGGGGGGUCUGGUUUUACAAGACCCCUGCCCCUCUUGGCCUUGUACAAAGACCUCAUUUUUUCUUUUCGUUUCCUUUUUCGUUCUGUUCUUCCCUCCAUUCCUCCCCGGGCUGGAGCCGCUCGAUUUUUUUUUUGGCCCGGGGGAGGUCUUGGGGCUCGGACGACCCUUCUCUGUUGGUUUCUUUCCUCGGACUCUGGGGGGGAAGGAAAACCCGGGAGAGAAAUUAUAGCCGCUGAGCAAGGCCAGAA